AGCCUCUUAAUCUUACACCUUCCCCAAACUUUACACCCUUCAGCCCAAAAUCAUACAGCGACAAUGGCAUCAAGAAGCACCGAGGUCAUACAAUACCUUGUCGAGACUCAAGAUUUAUGGCCCAAGGCGACAAAGACGAAGGAUCUUGAGAAUGAGGCCUCGCGUGCAUUAGCCCUCCUCAAUGAAGAGGAGAAAGCAGCGGUGCUCCGUUACUAUUUUGUUGCCGACGCCAAAAUGUCGCUUGCCUCGCAUCUCCUAAAGCAUUGGGUCGUCAGCCGCUAUGCUGGCGUGCCCUGGCAUGACACCAAGCUUUCACGGGACACGAACAAGAAGCCUAUUUUCGUGGACCCUGUCACAGGCACGCAGCCCGUGUUCUUCAACGUCAGCCACCAGGCCGGCAUCGUCGCCUUAGUUGCCGUUGCCGGGUACAACGCCGGCCAGGUCGAUAUCGGCACGGACGUGGUGUGCACGAGCGAGCGCCGCAUCCGCGACCAUCGCGCCAUCGAUACCGAGGGCUGGGGCUCCUUCGUGGAUAUGCAUGCGGAUGUGUUCGGCUGCUCCGAGGCCGGCUAUCUCAAGAGCGACGAGCUUCUCGUCCAAGGGCUGCAGCAACAGUAUGUUGCACACACGGUGGACUCCAAGCUGCGAUGCUUCUACGCACUGUGGUGCCUCCGUGAGGCAUAUGUUAAGAUGACAGGCGAAGCGCUGCUGGCGCCAUGGCUCAAGGACCUCGAGUUUCGGCACUUCUCGGCCCCGGCCCCGGCCUCGGCGCCUAAACAGCCCGGAGAGGCUAUCACGGAUCACGAGGUGCUCUUCCAUGGACAGAGGGUCGACGACGCGAACAUUUGCUUGCGCUCCCUCGGCCCAGAUUAUAUGACGUGCACGGCGGUUCGGACGCCUGGGCGUAAGGAGGAUGGCCUUGGGUGGGAGUUGGGCCCAUUUGAAUUUCUUACCAUAGAGGAGAUUGUUGAGCAUGCGGAGGCGCAUCUGGGGGACUAGGUGCUAAGGUUAGGGGGCUAGAGUAGUGUAGUGUAUCCACUUGUCUAGUGUGUUAAGGUUACAUAUUUCUAUGAUAGGUAUGCAUUUGCUUGUGAUAUGUAGGGUCAGUCAGGUUCACUACCGUGUACCUAUUUAGCUAUAAGUUCAAUCAAUGUUGGAAACUGUAUGUGCCCGAUAAA